AGCCAUUAAAUUAAAGACAAUAAAAACUAUCGUCAAAACUCUUGGCACCACUUCCACAUGCACUCUACAUCGCCAUUGCCAUGGAAGCCAAACUCUGGGAGCCUCGUCUUUUCUCUCCCACACACGCGCUCCCCUUUCUCCCUCUUCCUUCUCUCAAACGUUCAUUUUCGUCAUCAUCAACAACCACGCGCCUCGUAGUUCGCAGUUCCGUUUCAGAUACCGUUCCCAUUGAUAAAAACCAAAAGGAACAACUCAAACCUAAUUACUCCCCCACUCCUCCCAAUCGAGACCUUCGAACUCCUCACAGCGGGUACCAUUUCGAUGGGACUGCACGAAAAUUCUUCGAGGGUUGGUACUUCAAAGUCUCCAUUCCCGAACGGAGGCAGAGCUUCUGCUUCAUGUAUUCCGUCGAGAGUCCCUCGUUUCGUAAGCCGUUGACGCAGCUCGAACUGGCCCAAUUCGGGUCCAGGUUUACCGGCGUCGGGGCCCAAAUUCUCGGUGCCGACGACAAGUAUAUUUGCCAAUACUCUCCCGAAUCGCAAUUCUUCUGGGGAAGUAGGCAUGAACUAAUGUUAGGGAACACUUUCAUAUCCAAGCAAAAUUCUAAGCCUCCAAACAAGGAGGUUCCGCCUCAGGAAUUUAAUAAUAGAGUGGUGGAAGGUUUUCAAGUCACUCCUCUUUGGAAUCAAGGUUUUAUUCGCGAUGAUGGAAGGUCAGAUUAUGUAGAAACGGUAAAAACAGCUCGUUGGGAGUACAGUACACUCCCCGUAUAUGGUUGGGGUGAUGUUGGGUCAACGCAGAAGUCAACUGCUGGCUGGCUUGCAGCUUUUCCUGUUUUUGAACCACAUUGGCAAAUAUGCAUGGCUGCUGGACUGUCAACAGGUUGGAUAGAGUGGGAUGGCGAGAGGAUUGAGUUUGAUAAUGCCCCAUCUUAUUCUGAGAAGAACUGGGGUGGAGCAUUCCCAAGAAAAUGGUUUUGGGUUCAAUGUAAUGUUUUUGAAGGUGCUAGUGGAGAAAUUGCACUUACAGCAGCUGGUGGAUUGAGGCAAAUUCCUGGAAUAACCGAGACCUUUGAAAAUGCUGCAUUGAUUGGAAUUCAUUACGGUGGAAAAUUUUAUGAAUUUGUGCCAUGGAAUGGUGUUGUUAACUGGGAAGUUGCUACUUGGGGUUAUUGGUUUAUGUCUGCAGACAAUGGCAACUAUGUGGUUGAAAUAGAAGCAACAGCAGAUGAUCCAGGUACUGCAUUGCGAGCUCCAACAGCAGAAGCUGGCCUUUCCCCUGCUUGUAAAGAUACGUGCUUUGGAAUUCUACAAUUAAAAUUGUGGGAACGAAGAUAUGAUGGCAGCAAGGGGAAGAUCAUAUUGGACGUAUCAAGUAAUAUGGCAGCUCUAGAAGUUGGAGGGGGUCCAUGGUUUAGCACAUGGAAGGGCAAGACAUCAACUCCAGCAGUCCUAAGCCGUGCCCUUCAAUUACCCAUUGACGUAGAAGGCAUUUUUAAUAACAUUCCUCUGUUUAAACCGCCUGGCCUGUAGUCAGUUGGUUUCAUGUUAUAAACUAUGUCAUAGUGCAUGAAAGGAUUCAGGGUUUCACCAUAAAGACAAAAUUUAGAAAGGGGUUUUCUUGAUUAGAAAAGCACAAUAUCUGUACCCUUAGAUAAAAAGUGGGUGGGGGUGUAAUUUUCAACGCUUUACAUCAAAUCCCAACAUCCCAACUGAUAAUAGAAAAGUGAUCUUUAUAGAGUUAUUUAUUAAUUUUAAUAUA